AUGGCAACAGCUAAGAUUGUGGGUGCUUUAGUGGGAACCGCUGUAAUUGCUUACACAGUGGAUCAUUUUAUUGCUGACAAGAAGAUUUUCGGAGGUACCACUCCCAGUACUGUUUCAAACAAAGAAUGGUGGGCAGAAACUGAUAAGAGGUUCCAGGCAUGGCCACGUACAGCAGGACCUCCGGUGGUGAUGAACCCUAUCAGUCGCCAGAAUUUUAUUGUGAAGACCCCUACUGAAUCUUAAAGUUGAUGGUGUCUGGUUUAACCCAAUUUGCCCAUGAGUGUUUUUUAAUUGUCUCUUGAUCGACUAUUACUCGUAUUGUUCAUGUACUAGGUUCUUCGACCUUAU